AUGGACUCCGACUCCUGCGCCGCCGCUUUCCACCCGGAGGAGUACUCCCCAAGUUACAAGCGGCGCAGGACCGUGGAGGAUUUCAACAAAUUCUGCACCUUUGUCUUGGCCUAUGCAGGCUACAUCCCUUAUCCAAAGGAGGAAGUCCCUCUGAGGAGCAGUCCCAGCCCCGCCAACAGCACCGCUGGUACCAUCGACAGCGACGGCUGGGAUGCCAAUUUUGCCGACAUCUCAUCCACCGUGCCCUUGCCAGUCUCUGAUCACUGCUUUGGCCACCUGCAGCCCACCCUCCUGCAGCGAGCUAAGCCUAGUAACUUCCUGCUAGACAGAAAGAAGACUGACAAGCUGAAGAAGAAGAAGAAGAGGAAGCGAAGGGACAGUGACGUGCCUGGGAAGGAGGGCUACAUGGGGGGCUUGCUGCAGCUGGAAGCCGCCGACCCAUACGCAGAGACCCCCACGAGCCCCACUCUGCAGGAUAUCCCCCAGGCCACUGGAGACCCCUGCUCAGGCUGGGACUCCGAUACUCCUUCCAGUGGGUCUUGCACCACAGUGUCACCGGAUCAGGUCAAAGAAAUAAAAACUGAAGGCAAACGGACUAUCGUCCGGCAGGGCAAGCAGGUGGUGUUCCGGGACGAAGACAGCACGGGCAACGAUGAAGACAUCAUGGUGGAUUCCGAUGAUGACUCCUGGGACCUGGUCACGUGCUUCUGCAUGAAACCGUUUGCUGGCCGCCCAAUGAUAGAGUGCAACGAGUGCCACACUUGGAUUCACCUGUCCUGUGCAAAGAUCCGGAAGUCCAACGUUCCAGAAGUGUUUGUCUGCCAAAAGUGCCGGGACUCCAAGUUUGACAUCCGCCGUUCCAACCGGUCCCGAAUGGGCUCCCGGAAGCUGUUUCUGGACUGA